AUGGACAUUGUCUACGAUAUGCCUGGGGUUUCGAAGUCUGGGUUUAAUAGCCUGCGACCGCUAUGUAAAGCAGCGUAUAAAGGAUUCCUACUGGCUUUUAUUAUCGGAGUUUUAGUGGCCGGAACGGAUGCCCUGAACUGCUACGCUUGCACGAGCGUAACCGAUGCGAACUGCGCAGACACCUUCAAGGCUGACGGCAUUGCCACAAGCUCUGAUGGCUGCACAGCUUGUCAGAAAGUCAAAUUUGAUAAUCUCGUUACAAGAGGAUGCGGAGUUGGCUCAGAGGGUUGCACAGAGAACGAGAUUCUUGGCGUUAAGACUACAACGUGCACAUGCUCAUCGGACCUCUGCAACGCUGCCUACCACGUGACCGUUUCCCUGGCGAUGAUCUUGUUCGGAAUUCUUGCUACGCUACUUCAGAGCAUCUUAUAAAACUGAUCGUUCAUAUAAUUAAAUUAACAGUAAUUUGUGGAACUCAACAAAAACCAAAAAUUGAAAACUAACAAUUUCAUUUUUUAAAUCUUAACAUUUCUUAUAAGCUGUGACAAGAUAUUAUUGUAUGAGCUAAUCUCGUAAAACAAAUGUGAUUUAAACGUGUGUGUUUUAUCCUGAAAUAAUACAUUUAUAUAUCUGAUUUACACAACAAAUAAAACACGUAUAGCCUG